AUGACGGCCACUGUCCACAACCCACCCCAAUCAAGGCCACCUCGCGCGCGAUGGGUUCUCCAUGUCCAGGCACAAUUCUGGCGUGUCCUCAUGCAAAUUGGCAUGAAGUUGCACCGCAUGGCGCGACCACGGCCUCCAAAACCCGCCUUCACUCGCACCGUUACCUCGACCGUCUCUCCGCGCAAGGGCAAGUUCCGCUUGAACUUCUGGGUACCCGAGGACUAUGAUUCUCAGAAGAGGUUGAGGGACAAAAAGUUUCCUGUCGUUGUCAACUUCCACGGCGGCGGCUUCACACUGGGAAAUGCGACAGACGAUGCUCGUUGGUGUGCAACAGUGACCCAGGAGGUCGGCGCCGUAGUUGUCGGCGUGGACUACAGGAGGGCGCCAGAGCACCCAUUCCCCACGGCAGUCGAAGACGGUGUUGACGCCCUCCUCUACCUUGCUGAGCACGCCGAGUCACUGAAUGUCGACAUUACGCGCGUAGCCGUUUCAGGCUUCAGUAGUGGUGGCAACAUGUCGCUCACUGUUCCCCUGCGACUCCAGGGCGAGACAGUUCCUGAACCUCACAACGCCGAGACUCCUUACGGCAUGCAACGCGCACCUGCCUCCACUGAAAAUGUCCUCCAAAAGGCUCUGUCUGACGGUCGCACACUCGUCAAUGUCCGCUCCGACCUUCACGUCAAAGCGGUUGUCGCAUGGUACCCCUCAGUUGACUACACGCAGACUCGCGCACAACGUCGCAUGACCUGCGUUCGUGCCGACCAAGAGUUGCCUGCCGUCUUCACCCAGCUCUUCGACGAGUCGUAUCUGCAGCCCCCAACCAUGGACAUGGCGAACCCGUACCUAUCCCCCGGCGUUGCGCCAAAGGCCAUGCUGGCGGGUCUCCCAGAUGACAUCAUUCUCUUCACGUGCGAAUGGGACAUGCUUCUGGCGGAAGGAGAACGCUUGCGCGACAGGUUGCAGAACGAGUUGGGCAAGCGCGUCGUCUACGAAUGCGUCCCCGGCGUCCCGCACGGCUGGGACAAGGCCCCGAACCCGAUCAAGCCAACUCCUGGUGUUCAAGACUACUAUCUUCGCGCGUGCGCGGAGCUGAGGCGCGUGCUGCAUGAGGAAUUGCCACCGUCGGCGUUGGAGGCGGGCGUCGGUACAAGUGGCGGCAGCCACAGGAAGAGGAAGAGUGUUGUCAAUUAA